AUUUGUAAUUUUAGAAUUUUCUAAAACAUUCUUAUUGGGUCCACAUCAGUUUGUAUCUAGUUUUGCAUCCUUCAAAACUGAUCAGAUGCUCUUGACGCAAUAUUUUAUUAUUAAAAUUAUAUCUUAACCCAGUAUAUUUUACUUUUUUUUUCCUUAAAAAAAGUUCAUCCGAGCUUUUCAAGUUAAUACUUCACUACAAUUUAGUUCCCAUUAUGCGUCGGCCUAUUUCCCAUCUCCAGAGAGCGUUUUCUCUCUAGUUAGGGGGGGAAAAAAAUCAUCCGAGUUGUUCAAGUAUAAUACUUUAAUACAGUUUAGUUCCCAUUGUAGACACAUAUAAUCUCAGUUUCUCAAUGUUCACGAUUUUAAGGGAAUCUCUAUUCUAGAUGAUAUAUAUUAUUAUUGAAUCGAACUUUUUUUAAAGAUUUUAAGUAGAAAUGCUCUUUAAAUUUUUAAGAAUUGAUGCGUUAAUCUUCAAAAUAAAGACUAAAAGAAACAAGGGUUGUAAUUUAUCUAGUAUCUUUAAGUAUUUUGUGAUUAUUCAAAGGUGCAUAUAUAUGAAAAAUAAUAAGAGAUCCAAAAUAGCAUAUUGGGGUAAGUUAUCCAAUUGUGCAGAAUUAAUUCAGGUGGCAACCGAUAUGAACAUCACAUUGAAGACUUUAUACAGAUAGGGUUUACUUUAUGUUAGCCUUUACAGGCUAAUACACACAAAAAGCGGGGAAGAGCAUCAUUGUAUAAGAACCCUCUUUUUGAAUCUCACUUUCCUAGAUGCCUCCCUCCAUCUAUUAUCUUUUCUGCUCCAUUUGCAAUGUUCUCACCUAAGUAGUUAUGUCCCUUAUUAUCCGGUACACUCUCUCUACUUCUAAAUAUAAAAUCCUGUUAGUUUUGGUAAGGGAACCGGACGAGGGGGUAAUUAACAAAAUAAUAAAAUGUACAAACACUUAUCGAUCACUAAACUCAUCUCCAGGUAGGAGGGAUCUUUUUGGGACCAUAUGGGGUUUCCCGUCAGCCAUUAACAUUGAUCAAAUCGAAGCCACCAAGGGACUAAUCAUCCCCAGCAUAAUCCUCUUCCCAAUACUGAAGUUGUCUCAAAACCCAUCAAAAGAAGCUUCGUUAAUUAAUCUGCUUCAGCCUCUCAACCACACAUGGAGAUUCUCGCUUCACUUUGACAAACAUUCGCGAAUCGAAUAUCGAUCACCUCUCUGGAAGCCCCAGACAAGUAGACAACCACCCCCACAAUGCCUCACGGUAGUUCAGACUUCGAUACACACACAGAUUUAUCAGCCGUACUAUAAUCCUAUCGGUAUAUUACUCUCGGAUAAGAGAAAUAUACAAUGUUUAUGUCUCUCAGACAAAAAUCUUCUGUAAAUGAGUGCUGUCUUUACUGUUCAGCAUUGUUACACAGUGGGGAGAAUAAUAAUGAAAAGUAAUAUAUGUAUAUUUAUGGAGACUGGAGAGUCGUUGCUGUUAUAUUUUGGAUGUUUUGGCACGAAAAGAAUAUGGAAAAGGGGAUGAAUACGUGGGAAUACAAGCACUCUUUGUCAUCGUCUUUAACUCUUCAUUAUGACUUUUUUUUUUUUGGUGUUUGGAUUAUAUUCCGUUUGUUACGCGUGGUGUGAUGGAUUUUCGAGAGUGCAGAAACAAAGUACGAAGUGGUCUCAUCGAAGGAACAUGAGAAGGAAAAGUCUUUUUAUUUCUCUCCCCAGUUGGUUGGGUGCCUGCUGUUUGAAAUUAUGAAGUCGCUUUAUGCAGCAUCAUGCAAAGUCAGUACCCGAAUCCCACUAUCUGGAGAGAAAGGUUAAAAGGAAGAGUUCCCCAACCAUAAAGAAAAAAGUUGAAAAGAAGAUUUUAUCUUGGGCUUUGAGUCCAACACCUUUUGUUUUCAUUUUCCCUUUUUUCCUUUUUUUUUUCACCCCUUUUUCCAUGCUCUUUCUUCAUCUUUGUUUUGAUUUUCAGGUAACAAAUUAAUUACCCGGAAUCCCAAAGGAAUGCUGAGAGUCUCACUAAUUUGGAUUUGAGGCAGGUCAUUGCAUCAUAAAUGACAGCAAAAGAAACGAAGGACUUUUGGAAGCAUCACUGCUAUUACUGGCUUUUUUUCCAGCUAAUUAAUAAGCGGCUUGGUUGGAGUUUUCAGAAUUACAAUAAAGGGAAAUUAAAGUAGUAUUACGCCAUUGUCUCCAUAAAAAGGCCGCUUUAUAAAUGUGCUGCGCUGGGAAGAAGACUGAGUCUCAGUUGUUAUGUCUCCAUCCACUCUCGUCUUCUCUGUGAUGGAACGGCAUCUUCGAACUGCAUGAAUCUUCUCUAAAUUCUGCAAAAAUGGGGAGACGUAGGACUCUACUACAAGUUAAAAGCGAAGGCUUUGAGCCUCCUUUGGAGCAACCACCACCGUUCUAUCUUUCUCAGCCACGCCUUCCAUCUUCUUCACCGCCUAAUUUUGGAUCUGGUAGUGGUCUCUUGAAUUUAAACGACAAGGUGAGUCCUAGCAUGCUACUUGUCAUCAUAAUUCUGGCCAUUGUUUUCUUCGUUUCUGGGUUGAUUCACCUCCUAGUUAGAUUCCUGUGGAGACCUCAAUCCAGAGACCCAGAUGAUUUGGAUAAUGUGUCUGCUCUUCAAGGUCAACUACAGCAGCUUUUUCACCUUCAUGAUGCUGGUGUUGACCAGUCCUUCAUAGAUAACACCCUCCCUGUGUUCCAUUACAAAGCCAUCAUUGGAUUGAAAGACCCAUUUGAUUGUGCUGUGUGCUUGUGUGAAUUUGACGCUGACGAUAAGCUCAGAUUGUUACCCAAAUGCAGCCACGCCUUUCACAUGGAGUGUAUUGAUACUUGGCUCUUGUCUCACUCAACUUGCCCUCUCUGUAGAGCUUGCUUGCUCUCUGAUUUCUCUCCCAUAAACGCUUCUUCUCCUCCUUUCGUGUUCGUUCUAGAAUCUGGGAGUGACAGUUCCAGAGAGAUUGUCCCAGAAAGAGAGAGUACAGUUGGUAGGACCAGUUCUGUGGUUGGAGAUAACGAACUUGGCUUGACCCAUGUGGAUUUGUCACACAAAUCUUUUGAUUUGAGUUCAGAAGCUAAUCCUGAUCAGAUUGCAGUUGGGGAAUCACAUGAGAAAGUGGUCACUGUGAAGCUGGGAAAGUUCAGGAAUGUGGACAGUGUUGGUGAAGGAAGCAGUACAGACAUGGGAGAAGCUCGAAGGUGUCUUUCUAUGGGGUCAUUUGCUUAUGUUAUGGACGAGAAUUCUUCACUCCAAGUACCAGUAAGAGCGACGAUGAAGAAGCAGUCAAGUAAGAAACGUGCUUUACCUUUAACGCCAGGACGAAGGAUUGCCAUGUCAGAGUGCGACUGUGAGUCCACGAGAGAUUUCCAAUUCACGGGUUUUGACGCAGUAAAAGGUGUUGAGACUUCUUCUGAAACUGCAAGUAUCGAGAGAAGCAGAAAAGAGAGCUUUUCGGUUUCAAAGAUUUGGCUUCGGGGAAAGGCAGAGAAGCCGCAAGCCAUGGCUGAUUCCUCAAGGAGGGCUGUUUCGUUUCGAUUCUCUGCACAGAGUAACGAGGUUGCGAGGGAUGAUUCGAAGGCAAAGAAUGGGAAAUCUGAGAUGGAGUUUGGGAAGUGGGAAAAUGAUGAUGAAAACCAGAGCUGUUACAGUGUGGAUUCUCAGGGCAGAGCACCCUCUUUUGCUCGAAGGACUCUGCUUUGGCUUACUGGAAAACAGAACAAGGUUGUUCAUUCAUCUUCUGAUUCAAACUUCUAGUUUCUGUCAUUCAUUGUUUCGGCAAAUCUUUGAUUCUUGAAUCUAGAUGUGUUAGUUCAAGUGUCGGAUAUGCAAUAUAUGUUUUCCACACAAAUUAUGAUCGAUCUUGAAUCUGAAUAGUGAAUGCUGCAUUUGGUUUUUCAUAUCACGUUGUCUAUGCUCAGUACAAAGAAUAUCUAACCUAAGUUUCUUACUUGGAGGGGAAAAAAAUAAUUCAAGAGACAUUCUUUUGUUGUCA